AAAUCUUUAUUUUAUUUCUUUAGUUGUUUGUAUUAAUUACAGGUAUCACGCCUAGCAUGGUAAAUUUAUAUCUUUGUUAUUUAUCAGUUUCUAAAGAAUCAAGAUUAUUUUUCUUUGAGACAUACGUUUCGCACGCUGCUGAUUACAUGGGACCGUAAUUGGCGUGUUUUUUCUUUAACUUUUGUUACCUUUAACUUAUUUUUUAAAAUUCAGUUUAACACAUGCGUGUGUGUGUAUGUGUCUGGUGUUGUUCACAUUCUCUGCAUUGAUCUUUCAAAUGUUCUUUUUAUUCGACGUUUAUAAUUAUCCGUUCAGCUAAUUGUGACCUUUUAGCGAAAUCAGUUACAUAGCCGUAUGGAAAAUCACAUGAAUUUCUAAAAAAAUUAACUGAUUUAGCAGAAUGAAAGAAUGGAGUGAUUUUUCUAUAAAAAGUUAUUCUUGAAGGAAGCAACAGCCUUGAGAUAUGGAAGUGGACCAAAAGCAAGAAACGUCAGUAAUGGCCAUGGAUAUCGAUCCAGAACCUUGGGAGUCUACUGACCAUGUUUUAAGCCCGCAGAGACUUCACUUUAAAGAGACCUCACCGCUGAGUGCAAAGGCAACAGAACUUAAGGCAGCUGCUGCAUGUGGCAACUGGAGUCUUGUCCACAACUUGCUGAGUUCCAGCAGCAUCACCAGAUGUGACAUAGAGCGGAGCUCUCUGUUCCAUACCCUGGCAGCAGCACCAGAAGUCAGUCUGCCAUUUGCACAAGAUAUACUGACGAAAAUAUUGAUACACAAAAUCGACAUCAAUCUGGUGGACAAAAACAAAAACACAGCUAUCAUGCUUGCUGCUAGAUGUGACAACACAAAGAUGGUGAUAGAACUUUUAUCCAGACAGGCAGCUUUACCACAGGAUGAAACACAUGUGUGUUCUUUCUUGCAGACUCUGACAAAAACUUGGAAACAAGAAGAGGCACGCUAUAUGCAUGUGGUUGUUGUAAAACUGUUAUGGGACAGACUAAAAGACAGAGUUCUAUAUAGUUGUCAGAAACUACUUCAUGGGACACUGGUCCAGCUGGCAGUGACAUUUCAUGUGUCUCUUGUUCGUGAGAUGUUUUUAACAAAACUACAACUGAACACUCUGGACAGUGAGGGAAUGGCUGUAUUACACAGAUUGGCCAUGUUUGAUAGCGAUAACCAUGUUCAUCUUCUUCACUUUCUAAUCAACAAAGGAGCAAACAUCCACCUACAGAACACUACAGGGGACACAGCUUUGCAUGUUGCAGCAAAACAGAAAAACUGGAUGAUGAUGGGAGCUUUGUUAAGAAGACAGGCUACCACUGAUGUGGCUGAUUGCGAUCAGCGCUCUGUGUUACACAUUCUUGCUUCUCACACUGAUCCUGAAUGCUUUUCUGAAAUUGACCAAAUACUUACAUUGUUGAUUUGUAACAAUAAUGACCUCAACAAAAAAGACGGUCAUGGUAAUACAGCCUUACAUCUGGCAGCACUUGCCGGUAACAUAACAUUUAUGAAGAAAUUAUUAGAUGGUGGUGCUUGUGCUGAUUGUGUUAAUGACGAACAAAAGACAGUGUUGCACAUGAUAGCUAUGACCAAAAGCAAAAUCUUUUCAACGUUUGAUUCGUGCAUGUGCAUUCUCAUGUGGAUUUUAAAAAGAGGGGCAGAUGUUGACAAAGUAGAUAGUGAGGGUAACUCAGUUGUGCACAUUGCUGCCAAACAUGAAAACUGGGUUCUGGUGGAAUUUUUGUUGAAAUAUGUAGACAAUACUACUCAGCCUGACAGCGAAGGCUUCAACAUUUUGCACAGAUUUGCAAUGAAGAAGCCAUUUGCCAGGAUGAAUGUAUUGUUUUACAAGCUGUCUCAGAAGGUCGCUGAUAUAAAUGCAAGAAGUUGGACUGGUGAUACAGCAAUAGACCUAGCUGUUAAGGGUCAAAACUGGGGGCUUGUGAAGCUGUUAGUAGAAGAAGGUGCUACUUGCUAUGAGAUAGAUGAUGAAGGAUAUGAUGUUCUUGAACAAUUUGCAAUGGCAGAAAAUACACAAGAUUUUUUCUUUCCCUUUUUUCUAGAAAAGAGCAUUAACUAUAACACCCAGUCUUUGGUUGGAGACACAGCAUUGCAUCUGACAGCGAGAUAUGGUAAGCACUCUGAAGUUGAGCGCAUUGUAAAACAUGUAGAAAACAUUGAUGAGGUAGAUUCUGAGGGUUUGACAGUUAUUCAGAGAUUAGUUAUGAAAGCCACUGACAUGUAUUCUACGCAUCAUUUUUUGAUCCAUCAUCUUCUUGAACGUGGUGCUGAUUAUACCCGUUGCGAUCCAAAUGGUGACACUGUGCUGCACCUGGCUACCAGGAAUGGCCACUGGGAGGUUGUCAAAUGCCUGGUGGAGCUUGGAGUAAGAACAGACACGCUUGACAGUGAGGGAUUUUCAAUUCUUCACAGAGCAGCAUUGGCAGGCAAGGAUUCUUACUCACGGAAUAUUAUUAAUAUUAAAAAGCUUUUGCAAUGUGGUGCAUGCAUGAAACAAAAGGAUCUUCAGGGGAACACACCCCUCCAUCUUGCUGUCCAACAUCAGAACUGGGCUGUGGCUAGAGAGCUCGUUCAGUGUGGGGCAGAAGUCAAUGACCUUGAUCUUGAAGGGUACACCAUCCUUCAGAGACUGGCACAGAUGAAAGAUGCUUGCUUGUCGCUGGCUCAGCUUCUGCUCGAAAAAGGAGCUAGAUGUGAUAUAGUAUCAUACCAGGGUGACACCAUUUGUGAUAUUAUUGCUGACAGUGAAAACUGGAACAUGAUGAAGUGUUUACUUAAGCACAGUACACCUGCAUUUAAAGAAUAUGAAUACAAAUAUCUUUUGCACUGUUUGGCUUCUAGCUCCCAUGGAGAUAUGCACACUGAUGUCUGUGACCUCCUGAUUGAGAAAGGAUUGUCUGUUGAUGCUGAAGAUCAUGAUGGUAACACGCCACUUCACCUCACAGCCAAGGCAGGCAACUGGAAAUUGAUGGAACACUUAAUGCAAAAAGGUGCAAGUGGCAGAACGUUAGACAGUUCAGGAAUUUCUAUAUUGCACAGAUUUGUUACUGAUGUGACUAGGGAUGUGUUGGGUCAUGAAGAAUACCAACAUACUCUAUAUCUGAUCCUCUCAUCUGGUGUCAACGUAAAUGCCAACAGAUCCUCAGGGUAACACGGCAUUACAAAUUGCAGCAAAACGUAAACUGAUUGACGUUGUAGACUGUCUUAUGGAUAAAGCUGAAAAUCCAAAUGCUAAAGACAGUGAUGGCUUUACUCUCUUGCUGAGAUUAUCACAGAUGCCCUCUAAAAGUUGCCUUUCCCAUUGUUAUCACCUGGAGAAGAAAGGUGUUGACAUCAACACCUGCUCAACUAAUGGGGAAUUAGCUCUUCACCUUGCAGUCAAAAGCAACAACUGGCCUGUGGUAGAGUUUCUGCUGAACAGAGGUGCACAGUUUAAUGUGCAGGAUUUGGAACAUUUGUAUACCACUCAUAGACUAAUAAAAUGUUCCACUUCGGCCUAUCGUGGUAGCGAUGAACUCAGAUUGAUGACACUGUUGACAAACAUGGGACUCUCCAUUGCUAUGCCAGAUUCAUGUGGAAGGACACCAGCAGAGCUCGCAUUCAAAUAUAAGAAAUGGAAACUUUUGAAAUACCUCUUAGAAUUGGGAGCACAAUUAAAUCCCACUCCUAGAAAAGGAAACUCACUUUUCCAUGAACUUGCUAAACAUGAAUUCGUCGAAAAGGAGGCAGCAGAAGUUACACAUCUCAUUGUUAACCAUGUUUCAGGCAUCAACCUAAAAAACAAUGCUGGUGAUACCCUGUCCAUGUGGCUCUCAAUGAAGACAACUGGGACGUUGUAAAAGCCUUUGUGGAACAUGGGGCUGACCCAAACAUACUUGA